UUGCAGGUUUAGAGCCUUUAAGUAAACAAGGAGUGACUUGACUGUAUUCUCGGCUCUGUUUGCCGCCUCCAGCUGGACACCUAACCUCAUGUCUCAGAACUUAGUCUGACAUACUUCGCCUUCAGGGGGAAGAAACUGUUGAGCCAGUUAAACACUCGAAGAAGAAGGAAAACAUCUGUUGGCAUGGAAAAGUGAUUAUUUUCCCAAGCUACCGAGUAAAACACAGCAGCCCUGGCUGUUUCAACUCAGGUUUCUUGUCAGAUUUUGUUCUUUCAGGAAACCUUACAGAAACCUCCACCGUCUGGAACUCAGAAACUCAUUUGGGAGCUGACUGUGGCUUCUAGAACAUCCAGGUGUUCUGCAGAUGUGAGAAUGUAUCCCGCAGUCACCAGAUGAAGUCCUAAACAGAUGCAAGGCUUGUGUUGUGGCCUUAGCCUCCCUGAGUGCAAAGGGUCACUUCUUUGCUAAGUGGCCAAGAGUGGUUAUUGACACUGAUGUCUGACUGCUGCACCCGGCCAGUCAUCUUAUAAAGCUGUGAUGAGAAGACAUCUCGAGAGGAUCAACCCAACUUAGGGGUGACACAUUCCUGACUCUCUUGGAUUAGGAUUCCAUAUGGGGACCUUGCUUCUGUAGUCCCUGUCAUCCCCAUAGACCUUACUAACACCAGUGGGUUUUUUUUGACAACCAGACUCCUUGUUGACUUCCUGCACUGAAGGUGAACAAAGAGAAAACUCUCCAAAACUCUCCGAGAGAUUCCUAGUGGUGGUCGGUUAUCACUUAACUGAGACAACGGGAGUCUUUGUGUCCUACCAUGGGCUGGCUCUUUCUAAAGGUUUUGUUGGUUGGCAUGUCUUUUUCUGGAUUUCUCUACCCUCUUGUGGAUUUCUCUACCAGUGGGAAAACAAGAGCUCUCAAACCAAACAUCGUGAUCAUUUUGGCUGAUGACAUGGGAUGGGGUGAUCUGGGAGCAAACUGGGCAGAGACAAAGGACACCACCAAUCUUGACAAGAUGGCUUCCGAAGGAAUGCGAUUUGUAGACUUCCACGCAGCUGCUUCUACCUGCUCCCCCUCCCGAGCCUCUCUGCUUACUGGACGGCUGGGUCUACGGAAUGGAGUCACGCACAACUUUGCAGUCACUUCUGUAGGGGGGCUCCCACUCAACGAGACCACUUUGGCAGAGGUUCUGCGACAGGCUGGUUACGUCACUGCCAUGAUAGGCAAGUGGCAUCUUGGGCAUCAUGGCGCUUAUCACCCCAAUUUCCGUGGCUUCGAUUACUACUUUGGAAUCCCAUACAGCAAUGAUAUGGGCUGUACCGACUCCCCGGGCUUCAACUACCCACCUUGUCCAGCAUGUCCGCAGAGUGAUGGCCUAUGGAGGAGCCCUGAGAGGGACUGUUCCACAGACGUGGCCCUUCCUCUCUAUGAAAACCUGAACAUCGUGGAGCAGCCAGUGAACCUGAGCAACCUUGCACAGAAGUAUGCAGAAAAGGCAGUGGGAUUCAUCGAGCAGGCGAGCACCAGUGGAAGACCCUUCCUGCUCUACAUGGGCCUAGCCCACAUGCAUGUGCCUUUGUCUGCGACUCCACCAUUGGCACACCCACAGAACCAAAAGCUGUACCAUGCAAAUCUCUGGGAGAUGGACAGUCUGGUAGGGCAGAUCAAGGACAAAGUUGACCACGUGGCAAAAGAAAACACACUCCUCUGGUUUACAGGAGACAACGGCCCAUGGGCUCAGAAGUGUGAGCUGGCAGGCAGUGUGGGUCCCUUCACUGGAUUGUGGCAAACCCAUCAAGGGGGAAGUCCAGCCAAGCAGACCACCUGGGAAGGUGGGCAUCGGGUCCCAGCACUCGCUUACUGGCCUGGCAGAGUUCCAGCCAAUGUCACUAGCACCGCCUUGUUAAGCUUGCUUGACAUCUUUCCCACUGUGAUAGCUCUGGCAGGAGCUAGCUUGCCCCCAAAUCGGAAGUUUGAUGGACUGGAUGCCUCUGAGGUGCUCUUUGGCAAGUCACAGAUGGGGCACAGGGUGCUGUUCCACCCCAACAGUGGGGCUGCUGGACAGUAUGGUGCUCUGCAGACGGUCCGCCUCGACCAUUUCAAGGCCUUCUACGUUACUGGUGGAGCCAAAGCUUGUGACGGGAGUGUGGGUCCUGAGCAGUGCCACGUCUCCCCUCUCAUUUUCAACCUAGAAGAUGACAUCGCUGAGGGUGUACCUCUACAGAGGGGAAGCCCCGAGUACCAGGAGGUGCUGCCGGAGGUCACCAGGGUUCUUGCAGAUGUCCUCCAAGACAUUGCUGAUGACAACAGCUCCCGAGCAGACUACACUCAGGAUCCUUCAGUGACCCCUUGCUGUAACCCUUAUCAAAUUACCUGCCGUUGCCAACCGGUCUGACAGGUCAUUUUUUUAUCCCCCAUGAAAAGCACUAUCUGGAAAUUUUAGGCAGGUAGGUUUACUUCCAAACUUCAGUUUAGUCAUGGACGUCUAUUUUAGAAAGGAAGUUGCAGCAUUUGGUUAGGAAGCUACAGCGUUAGCUCUCUCUGUGUGGACUGUCUUCUCUGCAUGCAGGCUUGAGAAGCACUAAGCACUGGUACAGUGGACACAGGUACAGUUAAGCACUAGGGGUCUAUGGAGUCACUGCCUAGGUCCAAGCCCUAGGUUUUAAGGUUGGGCAGUGACUUAAAUCUCAAUUACAAGUUGAUUUUGAAGGUUAACAUAAUACAUGAAGCCGCACGUGUUUCCCUGACAUCAGGCAGAACCUCAGUAUUUUAGUUUCUAUCUCGUGCCCUGUUUCAGUAGCCAUUUCAACAUAAACUUCUUAUCUGGUACGUAGAGCUUGGCCCUCUUCAAUGUGCAUACAAAUUCCUGGGGAUCUUGCAAAAUGCAGAUUCUGGAGGGGAGGGACCUGGGAGCCUAUACUGUUACCUGAUUCCUUUGAGAUACCCUGAGCAAGCACAGCUAAACCAAAGUGAAGUCGUCCCAGGCCUUGGAGCAGAACUCAUGAUCUUUCCCUCUUGUUAAUGUCAAAUGGGUAUAUUAUAAAAAUGUUUAAAAAUGUUAAGAGUUUGGGGCUGAAGUGGUGGUCUGCUGGUUAAAAGCUUGACCUGUUCAGUUCCCAGCACCUACAUGGUAGCUUAAACUAUCUAUAACUCCAGUUGUACCUCAUACUUUUCUCUGGCAUUUUAGAAUGCCAGGCAUGCACAUGGUAUACAUACCUGUACGUAAAACACUCAUAUAUUAAAACAUAACCUUUAAAAAAAAAAAAGGUUUGGGAUUUCUUCCCAGCCUCUAAAACUUCUAAAAAAUAAAAUAAAAAUGUAAACAACUCGCAAA